AUGAAGAAAAACCUGAUUUGCCUAUUCCAGGAUAGAUCUUCCAAUAUAUUUCAUAACUAUUUUAGUGAACUAUCUAUGAAGCGGUCUUGGGGAUUCUUGAUUGCGAAACAAUAUAACUAUCAGUUUGAAAAUUUCUAUGCAACUGUUAUCCAGCAAGCUUACAGGAAUUACAAGAAAAGACCUGAAUCUUUGGCAAAACGAAUUUGGGAGGUGGUGAAAAAUGAUGGUACUCCUGAUAGAAAGAAAUUCUUAGGUAUACUUACGAUCUCUCAAAUGAAAAUAAAUCCCGAGACUCAAGAAGAAUAUGCUUUGCGUCUUGAUGAAUUUGUUGACAUGCUUAAAAAAGCAAAUGCUUAUCAAUACUAUAUCGAAAAUUAUAAUCUAGCCAAAUGGGCCACAGCAUAUGAGGAAUAUAUUAAUUAUUAUCCUAGUCUUUGGAUAGAAAAAAAGAAAUCUCAGUUAAAUAAUCGACUAGAUAAAGAAGCUUACAAUCUUGUUAAGGAAAUAUUAGAACAAAAAGGUUACAGACAAGCUUAUAUUUCUCAAUGGGGACUUAAAAUUUUUUAUUUUCCAUGGAGAUAUAUGAUAGAAUCGUUACAGGAUCCUGAAAAUUAUCUUAUUAAAAGAAUCAAUGGAUAUUUCGUCAAAAUAAAAUAA